AUGGCGUUUCCGCGGUCGAGGGAGGCGGCGGGGUGGCGUUCCCGCGGCUUCAGGGAGGAGUCGGGGUGGCAUGUUGCAGGUAACUCUGGUGAGAAUGAGGGGAGUAAGAAGGCUAAGAAGAAGAUUAAGAAGAAGAAGAAAGGCAAUCUAUGUGGCUUUAAGUCAAGGUUUAACUCAAAAAGGCUGGCUCAGAUUGGGAAGCAAAUAUCACCGGAAAAACAGAGAAUCAUAAGGGAGGGACCGUUUGGAGACUUGUUGGACAUCCGGUCUUUCAAGGUGCCCCAUGAGCUCAUUGAGUUUGUUGCGAUGAACACGAAUCACGUACUCUCUGAGUUCAAACACAAGAACAAAUCUAUCAUCUUCAGCAAGCUUAUGGUGAAAAGGAUUUUCAACGUGCCAUCCGGUGAUAGACCCGUGAAGAUUCUAAAGAAGAGUGAUGAACAUGAUCUUCGCAACAUUUACAAGGAGGGGAACAGGGCUCCAAUCGCCCAUGUUGUCAAGUUGCUCACUAGUUGCAGUGAGGAGGACGUGGAUAUGAUAAAUAGGACUUGGGCACUCCUUGCGUUGGCAACAGUUUUGUGCCCAGGCACGGGCAAUAUGGUGAACCUUGAGUAUCUUGCUUCCUUGGAAGAUAUGUCUUUGGUGCAUGAGUUCGCUUGGGAUGAGCACUUGUUGGCACGAGCGAUGGAGGAGGUUGGAGUCUUUCAAGAGAAGAAGAGGAUGCAAGCAAACGCAGAAAAAGAGUUCCAGAUUGCUUCAUGCCUCCCCAUGUUAGCGAUCAUAUACAUGGAUCAUGUUGAUAUCCCGGCUGGCCUCCCAAAUGAGCAUGCUAUUGAUUAUUCCGUGCCGAGGAUACGUUUUGUUUGCCAAAAGGAUUUUGAGUGGCUGGAUAAAGUUGACAAGAACAAGCUCACUCUUAUCCAACCUUUCUACGGGAAACACACCCAUAUCCGGAGUUUGUGCAACACCCCCUAUGCAGCACAACUUGUGGGACAGGAAGUUGGUGCUGAAGCAGCUAGUGGGCAGGGAGGUGGUGCUGAAGCACCUAGUGGCCAAGGAAUUAGUGGCCAAGGAAGCCAAGUUCAAGGUGCUGAAAAUCAAGCAAAGAACUCUCAAUCAAAUGAGGCUCAACAAAAUGUUGAUGCUGAACCACACCUAUCAUCAUCGCUAAACGAGUGGCUGCAGCAAUCAUUCCCUAGCAUGCAAGAUCUAAGGGUACCAACUCAGUUUCAAAUGCUUUACGACAAGCACAAGGGUUUUUUUGCAGCGGAGGUGGAUGAUGUUGUAGGCAAGUUUGGACAGUGUUUAAAGGGAUUGCAGUGCAGCCGGAUGGCUGCCCUCCUUCGCGAUGUUGGAGACGCCGUCACAGCUACCAGUGAGCCCAACUUCUCCUUCGAAGCACCUAUCAUGGACGAAUGUCGCGGAAAAGAGAAUGAUGCUAAAGCUGCAAAUGAUGGCAUUGGUGCUCAAGCUCAAGCUGAAGGUACAACACCUAGCAUUAACAAGGAUGAAGUCACCGGAUUGAAGCAACAAGUAGCAACCGAGGCUGCUGAAACUCGUGAGCAACAACGAGUGAGUUUCGAGAUGGAAGGGAACGUCUCACCUCACAGCCCCCCACUCUUCUAUGAUGCACCCAGGAGUGCGACAGCUGGCAUUUGGGACGACGAACCAUCCUGUGAGUUGUUCCCAAAGGGCUCCGAAGACUACGAGAUGAUGCAUUGCACGGAUGAGCCUAUAACCAAGAAAAGCACAGUCAGCCCCAUUUUUGAAAACAUCCCCGUGUUCCCUGUUUCAGACGAUGAUGACAGCCCAACUCCUAAUAUGGUCGCUACAUAA